AUGCACUUCCUGCCGGCUGCCUUCGAGGUUCAAAGUGCGGUCAACUUGUUGCACGGUGGUAGCACCCUCAACGUUUGCUCCGGUUGCGGAAAGGCUUACAAGUGGAGGGACAGCUUGUUGCGACACCAGCGCGUCGAGUGUGGGAACAAGGAGAAAAAAUUCUGCUGUCGGCUGUGCCCGAAAAGGUUCUAUCAUCGGUACAAGCUCAACGAGCACUACAAGGAGCGCAAGUACUCUCCAGGGGCUGCCAUCGAGUGGUACUACCAGUACCAAAGUCUCUAUCUGCGACUCAUGGCGGAAAAUCAGCUGACCGAAGCUUCCUUCUCGAGCUCUGCCUCCGAGCACCCUGGGAAGCUCAUCGAGGAGCCUGGAAAACUGGUCGAGGACUUCCAGGAGGUGGAAAAUGUACAGAAUUCUAGCGAUCCAAAGCAUCUCUUCGUCAACCCCAUUGCUUGCGAACGGACCAGUCCAAGGAUCAACCAUAACGUUUCCGCGAGCUCCAAAGAUGCUUCCGGAUACUCUUGCCCAAGAUGCGGAAACGCAUACGCGAGGCAUCACUCCCUCAACAGGCACAUCCGAUUCGAAUGCGGCGUGGAACCGCAAUUCGAGUGUCCAAUUUGCCACAAGAAAUCGAAACACAAGCACAACCUUAUGCUCCACAUGCGUACCCACCAGAAAUCCUAA